UUUCCAAGCAACAAAGAAGCGUUCAAAGUGAUGUUUUGCUGAGAUCCGACAUACGAUUUAGAUCUAGAGUAUUUCUUUAUUCCUUUAAGUCAGCUAAAGGAAAUGAUUCCACCAAAUGCAUCACUUGUAAAAUAUGAUAAUCCUGUAUUGGUCAGCCGUAAUACAGAUAAGAAAACUCCACGGGCUAAAGCACUCAAAGCAAGCCCAACACCUCCAUCAGCCUCAGGACCAGUUCCUGCACCUCCAAAGUCUGGUAAAGCUGGAGCAUUAGAUGCCAAAGCUGCUCAACAGACAGAUGAAAUAUUGAACUCAAUAUUGCCACCAAGAGAGUGGACAGAGAGUGGUCAGCUAUGGGUACAGCAAGUGUCAAGUACACCAGCAACAAGGCUUGAUGUUGUCAACUUACAAGAAGAAUUAGACAGAAGGCUGCAACAGAGACAAGCCAGAGAGACAGGCAUUUGCCCUGUUCGUAGAGAAUUGUACUCACAAUGUUUUGAUGAACUGAUUCGUCAAGUAACGAUCAACUGUGCAGAGAGAGGUCUCCUCCUUUUAAGAGUUCGUGAUGAAAUUAGAAUGACCAUCGCAGCCUAUCAGACACUUUAUGAAAGCAGUGUUGCAUUUGGUAUGCGCAAAGCUUUACAAGCUGAGCAAGGAAAAGCUGAUAUGGAAAAGAAGAUUUUAGAAUUGGAAAGUGAAAAGCGGGACCUUGAAAGGCAAGUCAAUGAGCUGAAAGCCAAAUGUGAACAGAUUGAAAAGAGAGCUGCUGAGCAGAGGCAGGUAGAAGAAAAGAAACACACGGAGGAAAUCCAGUUUUUGAAAAGAACCAAUCAACAGCUGAAGACUCAGCUGGAAGGGAUAAUAGCCCCGAAGAAAUAAACGACAGCUAUGAUGAGAAAGACCUAAGAAGAAUGGAUGAUUUAAACUCAACAGAAGAUGAAGAUUUCUUUCCUCUUACUGGACAGGAAACAAUGUUUUCAAAUUCGACUUAAAAAAAAAAAUUGUUAACUAGAUGUUGCAGGGGCAGGGUAUCAGAAUUUUAUUUUUAUAGUAGCAUAAUGAACAAGUCUAAAAAUAUGUUAAUACACCUAAUUUUUUUAAAGACUUUUUUUUUUUUUAAAACUAGAUCUUAUCUAUAAAUAUGCUAACAUCCUGCAACCAUUGGUAGCACAUCAUCAUAUUGUGAAUAGUUUGUAAAGUGAUUGUUCAGGUUUGACGGGGGUGUCUAAAUAUGCAACUGUUCUUGUUUUCUUGUUACCCGGCUUCAUCUGCUGAUAAAACUAUCUGCUUGAUAUACCAAGUUAUUGUAUUUUAAAUAUUUUUUUACAGCUGAAUUUCUCUCUAUAACCUAAUAACAAUAUGUACAGUACUAUAAAAAAAAAAAAGUCAAAUAUGUUUGUUUUAGUAAGAUCAGCAUAGAUGUUUGGUUCAAAAUUAUGACUGUGAUUAUCAGGAUGAACAAAAAAAUUGUCAAUAAAAUGCUGACAUUCACCUUAUAAGUUUAAAAAAAAAAUAUUUUCAUUUUUGUAUAUUUUUGUAUGUCCACAUAUUUUUUUAUUUGAAUACAAUCACUAAUAAACUACUUAAACCUAGA